CCCAACGCCAUGAAAGAGCAGAAUUUCGAAAGCUACUUUGGCCGGGAAAUUGCAAUUGAUGCUAGCAUGAGCAUAUACCAAUUCCUUAUUGCUGUUGGAAGACGCGGUACUCAAACACUUACUAAUGAAGCUGGCGAAGUCACGAGGUUAUUCCGACUGUCUAGACUAGAGAAAAGCAAGUUUUAAUCACCAGAAUCUUUAAUGUAUUUCAAAUACACAAUACAAAAGGAAAAUGAAAUUGUUGAAUUGGAGAGCAGUUGUGCUGAUUUAUGAAAAACUGCCCCUUCAUGAUUCUGAAUUUUGAAUGCUCAAGGAGGCUGGUUAAAUAUUUACUUCGAGGGGAUGUUGACAAGGACAAUCCGACUUUUGGAAGCUGGAAUCAAACCUGUCUAUGUUUUUGAUGGUACACCUCCUGAUUUGAAGAAAGAAGAGCUUGCAAAGAGAGUAUUAAAAAGGGCUGAUGCUACCAAUGACCUAAAUGAUGCGCUGAAGGAAGGAAACAAGGAGGAUGUCGAAAAAUAUAGCAAAAGAACAGUAAAAGCCACUAAUCAGCAUUAUGAGGACUGCAAAAAGCUUCUUAGGCUUAUGGGCGUGCCUGUGGUUGAGGCUCCUUGCGAAGCAGAAGCACAGUGUGCUGCACUUUGCAAAGAAGGCAAAGUUUAUGCUGUUGCCUCUGAGGAUAUGGAUUCCCUGGCUUUUGGGGCUCCCCGACUUCUCCGCCAUUUGAUGUGUCCUACCUCCAAAAGGAUCCCUGUGGUAGAAUUUAAAGUGUCAAAGGUUUUGGAAGAAUUGAACCUUACUAUGGAUCAGUUUAUUGAUCUUUGCAUACUCUCUGGUUGUGAUUAUUGUGAGAGCAUUAAAGGGAUUGGAGGGCUAACUGCUUUGAAAUUAAUCCGCCAGUAUGGCUCACUAGAGCACAUUCUUGAGAACAUAAAUAAAGAAAGAUACCAAAUACCAUUUGAUUGGCCAUAUCAGGAUACGCGAAAGCACUUUAGAGAACCAUCAGUUUUGACUGACUAUGAUAAACUUGAGCUAAAGUGGACAGAUCCAGAUGAAGAAGGUCUGGUCAGAUUUUUGGUAAAUGAGAAUACUUUCAACAGAGACAGAAUAAGUAAGGCAAUUAAAAAGACCAGAACUGCCUUGCACAAGUUGCCCCAGAACAGGUCAGAAUCACAUUCCAAACCAGUUGGUAUCUCUCUACCUGCUAAAGUGGAGGUUGCUAGAUGCAUUCUUGCAGUUCCACAACGAGCAAUGAAGCCGGUGAUACUCCCGCUUGGAGCAUCCCGUGGUUCCAGGCCUAAGGGUGUUGUCUGCGUGAGCCCCCCACCUGUGGGAUAUGCACACAAAGCACUCCAUGCACAAAAUUUAAAAGUUUAGCAGUGCAAACUUCACGAUUAACCUUACGUGCUACAACAUACAUCACUUUGCGUUGAUUGAAUUUAAGUUAAUUGCAGUAGUAUAUCUAGAAUUUUUUUUACAGGCCAAAGUUGAUCCGGUCCUAACAUGGAUGACCCUAGCGUAAAUCUUCUACGUUUGUUUUUUACUUUUACCAAUUUAUAACGUACUCAAUUUAAAAUAA